AUGACGAUAUCUCGAUUAUCCUCCCUGAAGCUUCUUACAGCUCUUACCUUUACAUCAUGGGGUUUGACUAUAAUUAUUAGUUUGGCAACGCCUGCUGCCGGCUCUACCGGUAGCAGCACUGUUCCGGUUCCUCCCUUUCUUCGGUACUUGACCGAGAGUGACUUGAAUGCGGCACGACAAUUGGCCAAAGAUCGACAUGAACAAGCCGUCAAGGAUGCCUUGACCAACUUUCCCAUUGAUGAUAUUCCCUGCAGUCCGGAGGAUGAUCAAGCUACCGUUGCCAACACGCCCGUCAAGGAACACCCCGUCACGCUGAGUUCCAAAUUACCCGAUUUUCACGACGAAUUGCCCAGUUCCAUCUUUGAAUCUUUAAAACCGUUACUGACCCGCGAAGAAUGCGCACACGUCAUUCAAAUGGCCGACGAACAUUUUGGUGGCAACGAAUGGACGGCGUUGCCGGCGGGAGAGUACAAGAUGCGCGGAUUCAAACUCAAGGAUGUUCCCGCCAUUCGCGAAUUUAUCGUCGAAGUAUUUCGCAAACGAUUCAUUCCCAUUGUGCAACACACCAACCCAAAGUUUGCCGCAUCCAUUGCCGAUUUGGCAUUGGACAAUUGUUACCUCAUGAAAUUCACACCUGCGACGGGCGCCCGCAUGGAUAUUCAUUGCGAUGACGGAUGUCUCUCCUUUACCAUUCAAAUGAAUCCACGAGAAGAAUACGUCGGUGGUGGCACGUGGUUUGAAGGACUCGCGGAUGCCAGGGGCGACACAGACAAUCAUGCCGCGGGAAUUGUCAAAAUGGAUGUCGGUCAUGUGCAUUUCCGGGCCGGGGCCAUUCGGCACUGUGGGUUUACCAUUACCGAAGGAAAACGAUACGUCAUUGGAGGAUUUGGCAUUCAUCGUUCCAAAACGGAACAUGUACGAUUGUUAAUGCGGGGCAAUACCGAUGACGAAAUGCAGUUGUCAUUGCCCGCGGUCGUCGCGUUGAAUCCCGAGUACGAUGAAGGCUACGCCAUGUUGGCACAUGAUUGGGAUGUCAGACAGGGGCGUGCCGAUGAUGCCAAGGAAGUGUUGGAAUAUUGUUUGGAACACGUCAAUCCCAAAUGUUCCAAAGUUGCCUUUUCGUUGGGCGUUCGUCAUUAUCGUCGAGAAGGAAAACACGACAAGGUCAUGGACUGCAUGAAGAUUGUCUUGCAGUACGAUCCGUACGACGUUUUGGCCAUGGCUGCCAUGGCGGAUGCGGCCAGUGAAGUGGGAGACGUGGCGGUCGAAAAGGAAAUGUACGAACGCAUUGUACAAGUCGCGGGAGUCUCACCGGAACGAAAGGCCAAUGCCUAUCGCGAUUUGGGACUGUUACACAAGGGACGGGAUCUACAAGUCGAGAUUGACUGUUACCAAAAAGCCGUCGAGGCACACGACAAUUAUCAUGCCAGAUACAGUUUGGGGAGAGCCUUGUUUCAAGCCGGUGAAUUGGAGAAAGCUCGCGAAUCGUUUCUGGCGGCGUACUCGCAGGAUGAUACUUCCGUGGGAGCCUUGAAGGCAAUUUACCGUACGGCCAAAACAAUACUGGAGAAGGACGCAUCCUUGUCGGAUUCGGAUGAUCUAGCCAAAGCACAGAGAAUGAUAGAGUUGGUGGGAGGCGAGGAAAAUCACAGCAAGAUACAAUCCAUGAUGGCCAACCCCUUUGGCACCCUUCCGCUGCCUCAAUAA